AUGGGCAGCUGUCUCGAACACCCCUUCGACCUGUACUACCGUCCAGACGCACUCUCCCGACUCGGCAUCAGCACCCUCUCCCACGCCGCAUUCACCCGCUGGGCCGCAGCGGCGCCAACAGACCAGCCCCCCUCCGCCAGGCUGCUCGCCAUCAUCGACCACAACCAGCUCCCAUCCGCCCCCCCGCAGGGUAGCGUCUCCUACGACCACACCACCCCGGCCAGGGAUACCCUCGCCUUCCUCGCCCAGGAGCGCCAGUUCUGUCUCCGAAACAACGCGCCGAUCAACCCCAAACACCCCUCAAAACAACUCACCCUCAACUUCCAGCCCUUCCCCCCCCUCACCAUCGUCUCCCCCCUGCGAUGGCAGAAGUCGGCCGCCGGGCGGGACAAGUUCGCCAAGCUGAUCAUCGACUCGGCCCGCCAAUCAGAUGCCAUCAGUCCUCCUCCUGCUCAGGCGAACAGGGAUAUGAGUCCUGACAAGCGGAGCCUUUUCACCGGUGGCUCUGAGCCCCCUCAAGAAGCAAUCAUCCCGGAUGCGCUAGUGGUCAACUACGAGCUGCGAUAUCCGUUCCUCGAUCCGAGCUCGACGACCAGCCAACUGCUUCUCCAGUAUGGGAGCACGACACAGCCACCCGCAGCCGACCUGAAGCCCUUCGAGCACUUCCCAUACGCCCCGGCGUGGGUCCAGCUGGCCGAAUCACUGCUCGCCCAAGCACCCGCCCUCGUCGGCCUCCACUGGCGCCAGGAGAACAUCCCCGUCCCGGACCUCCAGCGGUGCGCCUCCUCGCUCCUGCUCACCCUCGACUCGCUCAAGACGGCCUACCCGAGUCUGGAGGCCGUCUACCUCUCGACGGACUACCCGAUCGAGCAAGCAGCCCCCGACGACCAGCAUCCGAGCGGAGGGCGUGCCAGCAGCAGCGACCGAGAGGUCCAGGCGCACAGCGGCACGUUCUCCAAGUCGAUCACCCAGGACCACCAUCGCAUGAUGCGCGCCCUGCUGGCUCAGCCCGUCGCGCUCAGAUGGCUCACCUUCAACGGCCUGCUCGACUCGCUCGAUCUCGACCACGACCUGCUCGACAAGCUCCUCCAGCUCUCGGUCUUCAGCACGGCCAAGGAGACCGCCCGGCUGAUGAAAGUCGCUCGCAAGGCCGACAGUGCUCAAGAGUGGAGCGAUGGUCAACGGCCGGAGGAGGAGGACAAAGCGCACCGCAGGGAGGUCUCGAGACUAGUCAAGGACACGCUGCGAUUGCGCGCCGGGCCGAGUGGAGGAGCAGGCGAGCCGGGGAAGCCGGUGGACAUCGGGGUGGUCGCGAUCGUCGAGAAGCUGCUCCUCGUCCGCGCCUCCGUCUUCCUCACCGGCGUCCCCGGCCAAUGCUCCAAGCGCAGCUCGUUCACUAACCAGGUCGUCCUCCAUCGCCAGCGCCUCAUCGACCGCUCCUUCCUCGCCACCGGCGUGCUCACCGACUCCGAUUAUCCCGGAAACCCCAGCCCGAGCCUCCAGCGGUUCAACCUCGUCGAGUUCUGGGGCCCUUCCGAGUAG